AUGGGUAGAGGUGCUGGCGAUUUGUCAAAGGCUGUUAAGAAGGCGUGCUCGAUCGAGGAGACUGCACCAAAGAGAAAACAUGUCAGAGCUUGUAUUGUGUACACUUGGGACACGCAUUCCAGCAAAGAGUUCUUCCACAUUCUGAAGAAUUCCACUUUGUUUAACGACCCUGUGCAAUUAUUCAAGAUGUUGACUUUAAUCCAUAAGGUCAUCCAGGAGGGCCAUCCUAGUGCGCUGAUCGAGGGUAUUAGGAACAGAUCAUGGAUAAAGUCGUUGGCUAGAAUGUCGGACGGUGAAAACAUGCGUAUGCACGGUGAUGGGGAUGGAUACGAUAGGCUGAUCAGAAAAUAUGUCGAGUUUUUAGUUCAGAAAUUGAAUUUCCAUGCGCACCAUAGAGGUUUCAGAAACGGUACCUUCGAAUACAAGGAGUACAUUUCUUUGAUCAGUAUCAACGACUUGGACCAAGGCUAUGAAACUAUUUUACAAUUGAUGGCUUUACAGGACCAGGUCGACGAGUUUUCGAAUUUUGUAUUUGCAUCCAUCAAUAGAGGUGCGAACAAUGAUCUGAAGAUUUCCUCAUUAGUUCCACUGAUUUCAGAAUCAUAUGGUAUAUAUAAGUUCAUUACCUCCAUGGUAAGAGCAAUCAACACUCAAUUGGAUGACGAUGGUGUGUUGGAUUUGUUGAAAGAAAAAGUUGAACAACAACAUUUACGAUUAUUCGAAUUUUAUGCCGAUUGUUCUUCAAUCAAAUUGUUAUCGAGCUUAGUGACAAUUCCAAAGUUGCCAAGAGACCCACCAAAUUUAACGGCACAAUUAGACGUGGUCCCACAAACAUCGGAAAGUCUCGCAAAACCACAAGAGACAAGACGUGCUCCUUCUCCACAAAAGAGAAGCGGGACAGUUUCUCCUCAGCAACCACCAAGACCUCAAAAGGCAACUGCUACUGGGUCCACACAUACGGCUCCUGCAGUGCAACCAACUCCUGCACAACACAUGCCGGCUACAACCAUAGCUCCGUUGGUACCAAUGUUAACAGCUGCUGCAUUCCCGCAAGCUGCGAUGAUGACCGGUGGUAGUUUUAUUAAUCCUGUAUUAACCGGUGGUCCAAAUAUGUUCUUAAACAUGCACGAUCAAACAACUGGUAAUGCAGGUUUUGGUACUGCAGCUACAGGUUCAUUAAGUAAUGCAGCUGCCGUUAAUAACAUGCAACUGAACACUUCACUAACAGGUGGGAAUAAUAUUACAGGCACGUUUCCUAUGCAACAACAAAUGCCAACAACAACAUUUGGUGCUACUUUCAAUACCUCUCAAAUGACUGGUGGUAUGAUGCCUGCUCAGAUUACUGGGGGAUUGGUUCCUGCCCAUAUGACUGGUGGUAUGAUGCCUGCUCAGGUUACCGGGGGCUUGGUUCCUGCUCAGGCUACCGGAGGAAUGGUGCCUGCGCAAGCCACUGGAGGGAUGGUUCCUGCUCAAUUGACAGGUUCAUAUAAUAAUCAUGUUGCUGGUCAAGUUACAGGAGGCAUGGUUCCUGCGCAAUUAACCGGUUCUUUCAAUAGUCAAAUGUCUAGCCAACUGACUAGUAAUGUGGUCUCGGCACAAGGAACCAACGGUAUGAUCUCAAAUCAAAUGACUGGCGGGUUCCAACCCCAAGUUCAAUCUCAAUCUCAACCACCUAACAAUUUUAAUAACUCUAUUCCGGCUCAAGUUACAGGCGGUUUCAAUUCAAACAUGCCAGCGCAGUUGACCGGUGGUGUUGUUCCAAACAUGGGAAUGGCCAACACUGGUUUCGGCAAUGCCACCACUUCAACACAACAACAAUUCACUCAUAAUAAUCCAAUGCAAACAAAUACAUUAGCAGCUGGUGCUGCUGGUACUAUGUUGAACCAACUGGAAGAAAACCAAAAAUUAUUAGAACAAUAUGAUAUUCAAUUACAAAAGAAUGAGUCAGAAAUGAAUGAGAUCAAGGAACGCUUGUCAACCACGACUAAGGAUUUAACGUCGGUGCAAGAAAGAUAUGAUGCCCUUUCUAAGUUAUAUUCACAGCUUCGUCAAGAACAUUUGAGAUUAUUACCUAGGGCACAAAACAGCACCCCGGAAGAAACAUUAGAUUUUGUGUUGCAAGGUGCUAUUAACAGUCUACAAUCCACACCUUCCUCUAAAAUUAUCUCAAAAUAUGCUACUGAUUUAGCUACGCACAUGAAUAACUUUAUCUUUUCGAAGAAUGAUUUUAACAAUGUUGUCUACGCUGCAACUUUAUUCAGUAGCUCCAUCACGUCAUUGUCAAGCUCGGCUGCCAAUUCUACUAAUCAAACAGAAAGAGAUAAUGUGCAAAGAGUUGCCUAUCAAGCCCAAACUUAUUUGAAUAAACUAAAGUCGACUACAUUAGCUCCCCUUUCGACAGAAGCAAAAACGGACGCCGUUAUCAAUGCCAACAUAGAAAUGCAAAGAACUUUACAAUUAUUAGGGUAG